AUGCGCACAUUGCGGAACUAUUCGAAUGGCCGAGUAAUUGCGCUUCCACGAAUCGUCUCUACCCAGCUUCCUCGGACGCCUGCAGCGUCAGUGCAGUGCGCCAGUAAAACACCGAUCGUUAUAGACGAUAGUUCAAGUUCAUCCUCUGAUUCGGAAGGAUCGUACGAUACGAACGAAGCUGCACCCCAUGCGCAAUUCCAUCCAACACAACAACUUACUGAAGCUAUCGAAAUCCUUAAGAAGCAUUUUGAAGCGAAAGAAGUUGAUGCCGCUUCACUGGAUUGGGCAACGAAGCAUGCGAAGCAUGAAUGGCUAAAGGCAGCUGCCCGGAAAGCUUCUUCGGCUAGCCAAGUGGAAGGAUUCAUUGACUAUCUGGAAGCAGCUUCUGAUGCCGUCCUCAAAUUCGUAAUUAACCUAACAGACGCAAAUGUACUGCUUCUUACUCUUCAAACCUCUGACUUUGCCCGCAUAUUCUCAGGAUUACUCAUUGAUAGACCUUAG